AUGCACAAGAUCUCCAACUUCACCGGCUCCGCUCGUCAUGGCUGGGAGAAGAUGACGCCUUCGAUGGGCUUUGGACGCCAGCAGGAAAACCCGAUGGUGCAGGCCAACAAGCGCGCAAUGCCGGGCGUGUCCAUGAGCCCCAACCCGGCGGUGCCCGGCCAUCCGAUCAACCUGUCGUUCAACGUGCCAUUCCACUCCAAUCUGGCCGGACCGGACCGGGAGGACAUCUUGUACAGCAGCACUGGCGCCUAUCAGAAGUGGGUGCACGCCGAUGGCGCCGCUGAGGACACGCCCCACCAUGCCCUGCCCGUGCACACGCGCAAUGUCGAGACACUGCGUAGCCUUUGCAAGCAGCUAAGCGAUAGCAGCGGCGAACGCGUGCAUGCCACCGUCACCUCUUCCAAGCCAAAGCCGGUUCCGGGCAUGCAGCGCGGCCCACUCACCGCACUGGUCACCAAUGUGUGCAUCUCAGGAGAUGCAGACGUAGUGCACAAGAUGCGUGCCAAAAUCUUGAACGAGACGCCGAUAACACUGCGCUGUGAGAGCGUGGACAUCGAUCGAGAGAUAGUCUUCCCCAAGGGGCAGGAGGGCGCACGAACGGAUAUCCUCAAUCACAUGGACGAUAUCGCCGACCAGACAAAGGCCGACAUUUUCCUGCUCGAGUCCAAGGCGAAGCGAAAGGACUCGGACUCGGUCAGCUUCACCGGAGGCAUGGAGAAGAGCAUGGAUCAUAGACUGCGACUGUAYGUCUAUGGCGACAACGAGAGCUCCGAGAACGCGAAGACGAGACUAUUAAUCAUGAUUGACCAAAUUCUCCAUCGCCAAGUUGAUACCAUUCGACUCGAGCUUUCACUGCACAGCUUGGUUGCGGGUCGCAACAGGAGGAACAUCAAGAUGAUCGAGUCGUCGACUAGCACUGCGAUCUACUUCCCUCCUAUGUUUCCAACCGUUUUUGGGUAUGCACCUCCGGGUUCCAUACCGCUGCGGGCCAGGGACGAGAUCAUCAUCACAGGUGACCACAUGGACAACAUUCUUCAAGCCAAAAAGCGCCUACAUGAUCUGGUACUGAACUGUAAGACAUUUGUCAAAGAUGUUCAAAUCACGAGGAGCAAGGUGGAUUACAUCCUGUUGGAACGACUGGACAAGAUCCGCAAGAUCAUUGAGGCCAAUGKGUCAUAUGUCCUGCUUCCACCGCUGGGCAAUCACUCAGGCGUUUUGCGAGUGCAGGCAACUGACAUACUCAAUGUAGAGCGCACUGUCCGUGAGAUCAUGGGUCUCGCCGGACAAUUCUACAGCGCGUCUUGGUGGGUCACCCAUCCAGACCCUUCACAGCGACAGCCAACGCCGUCCGACAUCCGUGCCAUGCUGCCCGACAUUUGCAUCAACUCCGGCUCGGAAAUCACCUUUGAGAAACUCAACUUCCAUAUCAACGGCAGUGAUGACUCUGUCAAGGCGGCCAUGUCCAUUAUCAAUACCUUGCCUUUUGUCAAAAAGGCACAGUCCACACUGCGUGUCAAGGUCGAGCUUGCCAAUGAGCACAAGGAAUUUGUGAGCGGAAAGAAAAACGGGAAGAUCAAUAAGAUCAUGAGCCAGAGCAACGUGCAAAUCGUCUUCGAUGGCUUCAACGAGUACAACUUCUACAUUGACGUUCGCGGAGCACAGUACGAGGCGACCAAAAAUGGAUUGGACUUGGUGGAGCUAGAGAUGCCAGCGUCCAUCUCCUUCCACGUUCCGGACCAGUACCACAAGCGAAUUAUUGGUAUCGGCGGCCAGCACAUCCAGCGCAUCAUGAAGAAAUACUCUGUUUUCGUCAAGUUCUCCAACGCGAUGGACCGUGGUGGAAUCGGCAAAGACGACGACGACAUCAAGGUCGACAACGUCAUCUGCCGUACUCCAGCUCGCAAUGCUGACAAUCUUGAGCUGGUGAAGCAAGAGAUCAUGGACAUGGUCGAGAAGGUAGACGCCGAGUUCGUCUCCGAGGCUAUCCCUGUUGACCGCCUCUACCACCGCGAGCUGAUAGCCCGCAUGUCGGAGAUUGAAGAUCUGGAAAAGAAAUGGAACUGCAAGAUCACAUUUCCUGGCACUGAACAGGCCAGCGACAUCAUCACUGUUUCCGGCCCAGAGUAUCAAGUGCCUCAGGCUGUCGAUGAGUUCUUGGGCAUGGUGCCAGAAACCCACGAAAUCGAGUUCCCGACUUCGAACGAGUUGCGUGCAUUCCUGACUUCCAACGAGUUUAACAUGGACAUCGCUCAGAGACUCAAGGAYCAAUAUGUGGUCGAAGUCGCCGUCAGUGAGCCCAGGAAGCAGACCGAAGAAGACCGUGAGAUUGUUUUUGAGCAUCUGGUGCUUAGCUACACACGCAACAAUGCGGGCGGUCUGAAAGAUGCCAUUGACUUCUUGCUGCUUCCUCUGAUGGGACGCGGCCUGGAUCAGAGUGCCGUCAAAGGUGCCAUCCCACGGCCUAAAUCUGAUUCUUUCGAAGACAACAUGCCAUACUUUGAGUCGAAGCUGCUUCAGCGCGCCGAGCCCCCAGUGACGACAGAGUCGCCUACCCGAGCAACCUUUGGCGACRACAGUACCGCACGCUCGAUAUUCGACAAGCUCCGCAAGCCAGGCAGCAUGUCUUCCUUCACGUCGUUCAUGGAACGUCGACGCAAGAAUGGUGCGAACUCGCCUGCCUCCCUUUUUAUGCACGCUUCGAACAAUGCCUCCAAAGCCUCUCUCGUGAGCAUGGAGUCCCGCGAUUCGGGCUACCGUAACCCCUGGAACGACUCAGGAAUCGACCUCGAACAUGACCAGCAGACUGGUCAUGCGCAUACCAACAGUUGGAGCUCCUUCUCCGGCGCUACCAGCCGCCCAAACACCUCAUCCAACUCCAUCUCCGGAGGAUACGAUCCCAAGUUCCCGUUCGGCGUCAACGGGAACACUUCAACGACGUCUUUGAAUACCCCCCCGAUACCCGGUCUCGGCAUGGUCAACAGCAUGGGCGACACAACGGCAGGCGCCAGUAACGGCGACGUGACCCCCAAGUACGAGACUCGAAUGAGUAACGGAAAGGGGAACCUCACGCCCGCUGACGGCUUGCAAGCGCCGAUUUCUCGCCCAUCUUCGACGAAUGCCGCCACCACCAAACCUUCCUCCCUUGCGAAGUAG